GGGCUCUCCUGUGGAAGUGUUCCUGCGUGACGAUGUCUGGCCGAGGAAAGAAAGCUGCAUCCAAGCCUAUAUCUGCAGUGUCCCGUUCCUCCAGAGCAGGACUCACUUUCCCAGUCGGCCGCAUUCAUAGGCUGCUCAAAAAAGGCAACUACGCAGUGAGGAUUGGCGUCGGCACUGCUGUGUACCUUGCAGCCGUCCUGGAAUAUCUCUGCGCUGAAGUCCUGGAGCUGGCUGGAAACGCCAGCAGUGAAAACAAGAAGCGUCGCAUUUCGCCGCGGCACAUCUUGCUGGCUGUGAAGCACGACGAAGAGUUCAAAAUUGUACUGGCAGGGGUCACCAUCUUGGAUGGUGGGGUGUUGCCAAACAUUCAUGCAUCCCUCCUACCAAAGAAGACCACAGGUCCAAGGGAAGAUGCAACUGCCAAAGAUGUCGAUUCUCAAACAUUUUAAUUGUGGCAGAUCAAAUUUGUAAUGUUCUUAAACUUUAUACUUGACCUUAUUAAAGCAUAACCUGUAUUAAACUUCAUUUUGAAGA